CUCGACCGCAUACAAAGAGACGGCAGGAGGGCGAGAAAGGUGGGUAAAGGUACACACGGCUGGCCUUCUCUUCCACAUCCUCUUCGGACGGCAGCAUGGCAUCCCCUGACGCCUCGUCAUCGUCCACAUCACCACCACCACCACCGCCACUCUCCCGUCUGCCCGUCCUUCUGCCCCUCCUCGCCUCGCCCGCAUCAGCACGCGAUGCUGCCUCACCGCCCUUACAUCUCCUACCUGGUGGAGAACUUCGCUCCUCGCGCCUGAUUCAUCGUCAAUCGUCAAUUGGCAUAGAGUGGGUUUCCACCUCCCACGUAUACCCAGCAGCAUAUCCGCGCUCUCACCCCGAGAGCACAGCUCCCCCUUGCUCUUCCGUAGAAUCACGAGACAAUGAGGCCGACCUGCUAGGCACGGCGAAGAGUAAAGACGUCGAGUCUCAGCAGAGGCAUAGGGACCUAGCUCGCUUUGAGGAGAUCAAGGCGCGCUAUUCCGGUGGCCUGGCCUCCUUUUACCCGCCGGAGACGGAGCAAGAGGCUCAAGAGAGGGCCAAGGAGUUGGCUGCUAUGGCCUAUCCACAGUUGUGGAGCUGUGUGCAGCGUCUUGUUCCUGUGGAAGUGCCUGGUGGCUUGAAAGUGAGAGAGCGAAUCGCUCGGGCUCGUAGAGGUCAGAGGUUGAAAGGGGAGCAAGAGGAGGGCUACACCCUUAUUCUAGCCCAUGCGAAUGGAUUCCACAAGGAGACAUGGGAAGAGACCAUUCGCUCUCUCCUCGAGUCUCUUCCCGACACGCUGCGCAUCGAAGAGAUCUGGAGUCUGGACAGCCUAGGAGCAGGGGAGAGUGGGGCCUUGGUGAAGGAGACGGUAGGCGAUGUCUUCUCUUGGCUCGACGCAGCGAGGGAUAUUGAGCAGCUAGUCACAAGGUGCUUGCCCGAGAUGGGCAAUGAGGCCUUCGGACCGAGAUGGCCGCCUACCCAGCUAGGGGCAAGAGCACCAAGGGAGCGUAGCGGCGCUAUGCAGAAGGGCCGGCGUCAGCGACGUCAUCGCAGAUUCAUCGGAGUAGGCCACUCAGUCAGCGGAGCAGCUAUGGCCAUGCUCGCUGGCACCAGACCAGGCUUGUUCGACGCGGUAAUCCUCAUCGACCCCGUCACGGGGCACAAGGACAGUUUCUCAAAACACCUCGACCAACCCUACACGGGCCUGAAUCAACCUGCCGCCACGGGCGCUAUUGUUCGUCGUCAUACUUGGCUCUCAGGCAAGGCAGCAGGGGAAUACUUCCGUUCCAAACCCUUCUUCAAAGGCUGGGACCGUAGGGUCUUGGACAGCUACACGCGCUUUUGUUUACGACCGCUCACCGUCCCUGGUGGAGGCGGGGCCGUUACGCUCGCCACUUCAAGGUGGAGCGAGGCGGCCGUAUUUGCCUCGUCUGCUAUUGGCUGCUUCGGACUGGCUGCCCUAGAGCACGGAGGGACGCGUAACGACGACGCCACACCAACGAAGAUCUGGCACCUCUCCGCCUCAUCCUCUCGCUCCGUCCAGCGGGAUGUUGAUACCACCGCCAUCGAGAAGGCGAUCAAACGCGGCGCGGCAGAGGGACGCUUUGGGGCAGGAAGUGGAGCUGAGCGAUUGGAGAAGGAGAAGGCAGAUCACCUGGUUGUACAACAGAUGCCAGACUUCGUUGGCAAGAAGUUGGCUGACGUGCUGAGGAAGAUGCUGCUUAGCAAAGCAGAGGAGGGCUUCAAGCCGCCUGGGGCGAGAUUGUGAAAGAGGCUUAUGAUAUCAUGACCAAUGCAUUGCCUCUGCGUUCGACUCGUCUCGUC